AUGCCCCAGACCGGCGCCCCCGACCACGGGCCGGCCGCCGGGCCCACCAGCUACCCGGAAUGCGUUCUCUCGGGCACGGCGGUCUGGGACGCCAGCUGGUGCCUCGGGGCCGCGGUCGACACCUGCCUCCUGCCGUUGGCUGCCUUGCCGGCUCGCCUGCUGCCGGAGUCCCUGCUGCCGGUGCUCGAGGCGGCCCUGGCCGCCGCCGGCGACGACAGCGGCGCCGCCCCAGCAGACCCUUUGGCCGCCACCCCGGGCCCGGUGGACCUGCCCAUGCUGGUGGCCGUGGUGCUGUGGCCCGGGGCCGGGACCCGAUCGCUCUUCCGCGUGCGGGCCUGUCCCCGCAGCCCGGUCGCCCUGGCCCAUGGCCCCCCCUCCCACUGCCCGGUCCUCUUGCCGGAGUGGCCUUUCGCCCGGGCCGGCCUGGCCCACGGUGCCCCGGUCCAAAUCCGCCUCUACCCCGCCUCCCAGGUGUUUGACCACACCUUCCGGGAGCCGGCCACCGACGGGCCGGCCCCCGAGACCGCCGGCGCUCAGCUGCCCGGGCUCUGGCUCCGCCAGGACGCCGGGAAUCCCCAGCUCCUGGGCCCCUUCGAGACCGGGGUCUUUUCCCGCCAGGCCACCGGCGCCGGCUCCUGGACUCAGGCCCAGCGCGCCCAGCUCCGCGUGGCGCUCAGCCACCGGCCGGUCUGCAUCGGCCCGGGCAGCCUGCUGGCCGUGCGGGCCGACGACUUGGUCCCGGGCUCCGCCGGUCGGGGCCGAUCGGCCGCGGUGGCGGCCGAUCUCUCGGUCCCGGACAGCCGGGCUCUCUUCCUCUUCGGCGCCGACUGGGAGGGCCUGGCGCAGCCCGGGCCGGACUUCCACACCGGCGAUUGGCUCGUGCGCCUCGGGGCCGAGAAGCGCCCCGGCCGGUCCAUCGCCCAGCUGACCGACGAACUGGCCGCCCUCACCCUGCAAGAGGAUCACGCCGAGGGCGACACGCCCGAGCACCCGCCCGAGGAGCUGCCACCGGCCCACGACGGCAGCCACAACCGGGCUGACGCGCCGGAGGCCGAGACGGAGGAUGACGAUGAUGACGAUGCCCUCGGCGUCGAGGACGCCGAUGACCCGCUUGAGGCCGAUCUCCUCGACGAGCUGGACACACUUGAGGAGGAGGACCCGGUCGACCCCUCGCUCGAUCCGGGCCAGCAGCUCAUCCAUCACCGUCGCCGCCGUCGCCGCCGCCGCCGCCGCCGCCGCGACCGCCUCUUGGAGCUCUACGCCUCCGGGCCGCGGGUCACCUGGACCCCGGCCACGUAUGCCAUGUCCCCGGUCGUCGGGGACUUUGCCUGGGCCUCCGGCUCGCCGGGGGCCAGCCCGCCGGGCGCAUCGGCCGGGGUCGUCCCUCGCACGGACAUGGCCUGUGUGCUGGCCGCCACCGCCAGGGCGUAUGUCCAUGCAUUGCGCGAGCGCACCUCGCCCGACACCGCGCCGCUGGUCGCCUGCGUCAACCUCUGCGGCCCGACCGAUGCCGGCCGCUCGGUGGCCCUUGGCCAGGCCGCUCGGCGCGUGCUCAGCACCCCGGCCGGCCAGGCAAUCCUCCGUGGCCAGGCCUUCGGUGCCCCAGCCGGCGCCGAUGCCGACGCCCCCGCCCCGGAGAAGCCUCCCGCCGCCGCCUUUCUGCUCAAUGCCCUGACCGCCUCGCCGUCGUGCGUUCUCCGGGUCCUCCGGGCCGCGCGGACCGCCGCCCCGGCGCUCAUCCUCCUUGAUGACGCGCACCUCCUGCCGGCCGGGGCCCUCCGGCUGCUCGAUCAAUUCCUGGCAACCGGCGCCCGGCCCGAGACCCAGGCCUCGGGGCCCGCUUCGGCCGCGGUGGCCCGCCCGGGCGCCGCGCCUCCGACCGAGGCCCUCCCAAUGCCCCUGUGGCCGGCCUCCUCUCCGAGUGUCGCCCAGGGUCCCGAGGACACGGAUGCCCCCACGGCCGACGCGCCCGCCGCCUCCCGGCCCCCGGGCUUGGUCCUGAUUCUGGCCACCUCCACGGAUGACACGUGUGAUGCCCUCCCCCGGGGCCUCCGCCGCUUCGUCAUCAACGUCCCGAAGCCCCGCGCGCCCGUGUUGGCCAGCUGGCUGCUCCGCUGCCCGGGCCCGGUGGCAGCCCUGUCCCGGGCACCGGGCCUGGCGCCCGAUGUGGCCAUCCUCACCAAGGACCUGGCCGGGGCCGCGGCGGCUGCCGAGCUUGGCUGGCGCCCGGCACACCUGUUCCUCGGCCGGCUGUCGGAUGCGGUGGCCACCUUCGGCGCCCGGCAUCCCGCGCCGCCGGGCCCCGGCUCCCCCGAGUGGCAUGCCCUGGCGCACAUGGCCCGGCAGCUGUUGCGUGAGCUGGCCAGUCGUGCUGGCCAGCCGCACGGCCUCACCACGGUGGCCGCCCUGGUGGCCGCCACCGAAGACCUCCUCCAGCAGGGGGCACUGCAGCCAGCCGCCCGGGGCCCCUCGGCCGCCACCCCCGGGGCCGGCUUCCAUGCCGAGCGCCGGCGCCUGAGCCAGCUGAUCCAGAUGUUUGCCUCGCCGGCGCCCGGCCCCGAGGGGGGCUCCGGCGCCGAGGGGCUUGCCCAAGCCGCGCGGCCGACUUCCGGCCUGCUGCUCUUCGGCCCGCCAGGCUGCGGCAAGAGCCAUAUGGUCCGGGAAAUGGUCGAAUCCGCCGCCCUACCGGUCGCCUAUGUCAAGGUGUCCGACUGGCUCUCGCCCUAUGUCGGACAGACGGAAGCCAACUGUCGGGCUUCCUUUCGCCGACUCCGCCAAGCGCAUCCCCUGUCCAUCUUGGUGAUCGAUGCGCUGGACGCCAUCGGCCGGCGCCGAGCUGGCAUGGGACCCGGCAGCGCGGACGCCGGGGAUGCCCUGGCCAGCACCCGGUCCCGGCUGGUGGCCCAGCUGCUGACCGAGCUCGAUGGGCUCGGGUCGCAGGAUCUCCUCGGCCGCCACCCGGACCGUGGCCACCAGGGCAAAGUCCUCGUCAUUGGUCUCACCUGCCGCCCGGAUCUCAUUGACGAUGCCCUCCUGCGCCCGGGCCGGCUGGAUGCGCACAUCCACAUCCCCCUGCCGUGCAUUCACGACCGUCGAGAGGUCCUCCGGCACACUUUGCGUGCUGUGGCCCCAGUCCCCGGCAUCGACGCCCCCGAUGCCUCGUGCCACUGCCGGGCGCCAACCCCCGCCCCUGGCGGCUUUCUCACACCGCCGUCCUUCUUCCCGCGCCCGGCCUCGCUGGAGGGGCCGAUCUCGGCCGAGUGGGCGGACCACUGGGCCACCGCCUCAGAUGGCUGGACCACCGGCGAUGUGGUUCUGCUGGUUCGAAACGCCGCUCGCAUGGCCAUCCGCGAGGGCGCCGCCAGCCUGACCAUCCUCCAUGUGGAGCAAACCCUGGGUGACAUGCGUCGUCAGCGGCAGGUGCUCCUCCCGGCCGCUGGCGGCAGCUCGGCCACCGGGCCCGGUAGCCACGGGCACCGGUCGCGCUUCUCCGACAGCCGACCAACGCGCGAACGCCCACCUCGCGGCCGCGACACCGACCAUCGCCCGGCCGCCAACACCCGCCUGGUUACCGUUUCCCCGGUCAGCCGCUUCACCAAUGCCUGCAGCCGCUUCGAGCGGGCCUCCCUACAGACAGGCUAGACCGUGGGCCUGUCGCGGCUUCCCCCUCCCCCUCCCCACACGAACACCCAAAUAUAGACCAUGCAAUGCCA